AUGCAAGAGAUUAAGAGAAGUUUGGAAUUGUUAGAUACAAAUUUAACCAUUAUUAGAAGCAAUGAUCAAAAGAGAGAAGAAAUUAAAUACGAGGUUUGGCAAAGACAUGAUGUGAAUGGCACUAUUUUCAAUGAUAUUGCAAGCCUAAUUAAUGAAGUAGCUGAGGCACUUAUAGAGCACCAUGCUUGGAAUGGGGAUAACAAGCCUAGUGAAUGUAGAAAAUGUGAUAAUUGUCAAUGCCGCAUCAAAGAUAAUCCAAGUAUCUGUGAUGUAACAUUCGAUAUUGUAGAAUUACUAUGUGUAGAAGUCUUAACCACGACCUAUGAUCACCAAAUCACACCUGCCGAUGUCGUUAGUGUUUUUAGACAAUCUAAUGCUGCUAGAAUGAAAAAAUUUGGCUAUCAACAGUUGAAAGAAUUUUAUGAUCAAGAAGAUAUUAAAAAAUCAAAAAAGCCAGAACUAUUGAGCACUAUUGAACUCACAGAAUUUGCACUUCAAGACUUGGUUAGAAAAGGACUAGUUUUACAAGAUAUUGUAUUAUCAAGACUAUAUGAAACAGAGUACAUGUCAUGUACUUUGGUUAUUGAAGGGAUUGCAAACGAGGCCAAAGAAAUAAUUAAAGUACAAGAAUGGAAAUAUUUUAAAC